AUGCCCUUCCCUAUGCACUCACUGACACCAUGCACUCACUCCCGGUAUGCACCCCUCCUCCUCUCCCUUAACCGCUUUCUCCCCUCCCUCCCUCCCUCUUCCCUUUCGUCUCCUCCACUCCAUUGUCUUCCUAAUGUCUUCUCUUUCGCACUCUUUCCACCAUCUCGUCUUCCCCUCCCCUCUCCCCACUCCCGCCCUCUCCCCACUCCCCUCCUCUCCCCACUCCCCCCCUCUCCCCACUCCCCCCCUCUCCCCACUCCCCCACUUCCCCACUUCCCCUCCUCCCGUCCAUGGCCUCUCCUCAAUUCCCCACCUUCCCCUGCUGCUUGUCUCCCCUUAGAGAGGGUUCUGGCGGAGGGUCCCGGUGUGAGCUACGCGCUCAACUGGUCGUUGGCAGCAGCAGGUGUCACACCAGCAGGCCUCGUGCAAAGAAACGCCAAGCCCGGCAAGUUGGGUGCUGCUGCUCUUUCUGAAUGUUUCUACCGCACCUGCUUCUGCCUCCUCACUCCUCUGUGCUCCUCUGUCCUCCUCUGUGCACCUCUGUGCUCUCCUCCUCGCUCCUCUGCGCCCCUCUGCGCCCCUCUGUGCCCCGCUGCGCCCAUCUGCGCCCAUCUGCGCCCGUCCCUCUGUCCGCCAGCCGCCAAGGCUCCUGCGCGAGUGGCAGUGAAGGGCUCGAAGGAUCUCAGCAAGGCGGACUACAGCAAGCUGCGUAAAGAGGGCCCACCUUUCCUUGCUGCCAUCUGUGUGUGUGUGCUUGACUGGCCAUGGGUAACCCCCUCCCCCCCCCCCCCUGCGCCGCUGACGCUGCUGCCUCCGCUGCUGCAACCAUGCCUGCACACUGAUUCUGAUGCGUUUCGUCCCCGCCCUCACCACUUCCACCCCCAACCACCCACCCUCCCGCUCCACUCCCCCUUCUCGCCCCCCUCCUCCCCGUCAGGUGACGGCCCACCUGUCCUCGUUGCCGUCACGGCACAUCUGUCCUCUUUGCCAUCUGUGUUUGUGCAAGACGGUGCGGUGGGCUCGGCCUCUCUCUCCCACGUGCACACUCGGGCCAUCUGCGACCCCCCCGCCGCUGCUGCUGCCAUGGCUGCGCUCCUCUACCCCACGCCCACGCACACCGUUGCGCCUGACUCCUUCCCGGUUACAGUCUAUGCGGCAAUCAACGUCAAGCACAUGUACUACCCGCUGUGUCAUUCCUCCUCCCCCGUGCCUAUCUUCCCCCAUCCUCCCCGUCCUCCCCGCCCUCCCUUUCCCUCCCUCCAUUCUUCAUUCUGCCACCCUUCUCUCGGGGCCCUCCUCUGCGAGGGCCUGAUAGCACUGGACGGGGACUCCUCCUCUCUCUCAUCACCCGCACUGCACUGGCGGACGGGGCUUCAAUCUGAGCGCCCCAUUCUUGGCUCACCUUCCCUUCCCCGCUCCACCUCCUCCACUCCCCCCACUCCUUUCCUCCUCCGGUUCCCCCCUUUUCCCCCCAGGAGCAACACGGCAGGCGAGGGCCUGAUAGCCCUGGACUGGGAGACCUCGUCUCUCGUCGUCACUGGCACUGCGGUGGCGGACGCGGCUUCCAUCCGAGCGCUUCUCGCUGCUGCUGCUGGCCCCGCUGCUCUCUCCAGGGGCGCUCUGCUGCUUAAUGCUAGUCUCCGUCUCUCUCUUCUGCUCCUGCCUGCCCCUCUCUUCCAAUGCUCGCUACUGCUCCUGUCUCUCCUCCCCACCUUCCCUCUCCCCAGGUUGAUUCAAAGCAAGCCUGGCUCCUGCCUGCUCCUCUCCCCCCCAUCCGCCGCCCCUGUCCUCCCCAAGUCCGCCGCCUUCCCGGCAGAUUCCCUCCUGUGGAGCGCGGGCGGCGUGGCCCGUCUCUUUCCGGCCAAGGAUGGGUCGGCGCCGAGCCUAUACGCCAAGCCGAAUGCAGUGCUUCAAGGUGCUCCCAAGCAAGCAGCCUACUACUUCUUGGCAGGAUACGACGGAACCUCCUUCCAUCCCUCCUUGUCCCCACGCGUCCCCGUCACCCUCCCAUCCCUCCCCCAUCCAUGCCACAGCUCCAAGGUGCUCCCACCAGUGCUCAAGCUCGCCCCCAAGCAAGCAGCCUAUUUCUUCCUGGCCGGAUAUGACGGUGUCUCCUUCCACCCCUCCUUCGCCCCGCCUGCCUUCGCUCCCAAGCCCGCCGCUGCUGCUCUGGCUGCUGCUGCCGGGGGCAAGGGGGCUCUUGCUCUUGCUACCAAGCUGGCAGAACAGCUUGAAGCCACCUCCACUCCCGCUUACCUUGUGAACGUGUCUGAAGGUGGGUGCUCACGCCUCUCAUCCAUCCACUCAUGCAUGUCAUCCCUCCCCCAUGUGAUGCCUGUCAUCCCUCCCCCAUGUGAUGCCUGUCAUCCCUCCCCCAUGUGA